CUGAACAGGAACAGUAGGUGUUCGUAUUGCGGGCGAGCCUGUAGCCGAUCAUCAGGAUGAGGAUAAAUGAAAUGAAAAUCGUUGUCUUCUCUCUGCUUGCACUCAUAGCAGAGGUGUCGGCUGUAAUAUCGGGCCCAGGACCCAAUGUAUGUACCAGAAGAAAGCGAGACUACUACUAUAAAUCGGAGUGUGUGUAUUUUACCUGGCUCGGAUGCUGUGUGUUCAGACAAGUGCUCGUUUGCCGCUACACCACCGAGUACUACUGCUGUUCCGGUUACGAAGAUGUCGGGAAUACGUGUAAACCUGUGUGCAAUGAUGCGUGUCAAAAUGGCGGUACGUGCGUUUCACCAAACACAUGUACAUGUACACCUGGCCAAAGUGGAAGCAACUGCGGAGAUGUCGUGUGUUCCCAUCUACGUCCAUGUUAUCCUGGUAUUUGUACCCUUCCUAGCACGUGUACGUGCGCUACAGGAUAUACGGAUUCUGCCAGCAAUUGCACAAAGGUAUCAAUAGCCCCAGCGUUCACAUCUGCCCGAGCUGAACUUGCCUUCUUCAAUGAAAUGAAACAAAUGGAUGUCUACAAUGUGACGACCGAUUCAACCAACCCAGACUCAGAUCUUCCCGACGUCCUGUGGACAAAUCUACUUAAGUUUAACAUGUGGAUUGUGACCAUGCAAGCAGUGUACGAGCCUGGGUUCCUUCCGAUGGCCCCGACCUACAUUCCAGAGGUUAAACUCGGCAUAAUAUCUGCAAAUAUAUCAUAUGAACUCCGAGCUUCGGACAACCGUCUAAAAACAUUUGGCUCCCAACUGUGUAGCCCGUCCCCCACCAUUCUGGCACCUGAGCAAGAUAUCCUUAACUGCCUCUUUACGUUCAGUACGUUCGAUUUCAGGAUUGACCAUGCCGAUAUAUUCACCAUCACCUUUUCGGUACAAAGUGGUGGUUUCGAAAAGUUAAAUGUCAUUGGAACCUCUACACCGUAUGCAACGCUUACUUUCAAUGGCCCUACGAAACAGAAGAGUGUCGAGUUCAAGAUUGAUUACGUCGGACCCACUCACUGUAUCAUUCCAAACUCAAACCUGACAUGCACGCCCACUUCAACUCCCCUUCAAGUCACUAACCCUAUCACCAAGGAUAAUGUUACUAUCAAGUGGUCUGGUUGGGUUGACAACUUGUCUGGGAUGUAUCGUUAUGCACUGGAGGUAUUCAAACUAACGCGACAGGGAGACAUAUUAUUGGAGGCAGAUCCAUUAGGCCCGGUAUUGAUAACGGCGUUCAAUGACACCAGUAUAGUUGACUACAGUUUCACCUACCAGCCCGCAGAACCUGGAAUGUAUUCCACUAUCUUAGAAGCAGCUGAUGCGUCAAACAACUCAAUAUACAUCAGGCGAUUUUUUCUGUAUGACCCAGUUUCUUCUAUAACAGUAAAUGCAGGAGUUAUGAAAGUUACCAGUGCUACGCCUGAGUCUGGAUACAGCUGGCAGGAUAACCAAGAAAACACUGCCACAGCUAUCAGUGUGAACUGGGCGAGUCAUUUUAUCAAUCAAUUGCAAGCUGAUGGAGGAUUCCUGAAUGCCAUCCAGGAUUAUCCACCCCAAUUACAGGACUUGAACGUGGACACGUCCUUCAAGAAGGUCAUUGACACCGACAUCACAGAUAAUAGUAACCGGACGAGUGCAGCCAUACCAAACAUUGAGGGUAUUGUAAAGUUUGAAGUGGUUUACGAGCGUAAGCUAGUUGGAGUAGUACCAGAUCCUCCCGCUACUGGUUGGACGACCAUUGACCCGAUGGCUUUAUACUACAACUUCACUGAAAAUGUCAUAGGCGGUGACUGCAUGAUGAUUUGGGUUCGAGCGUAUGACAUUAUGGACAACAACGCCACCGAUGCUACAGUGGUUUGCUUUGAUUCGACCGAUCCGAUAGUUCGAAGUACCAGCCUUGAAUUGAACUCGCCUUCUCCCGACUUUACUGCAGCAAGCCGGAUAUUGAUGACAACAUCAGAUACACAGAGUGGGAUAGCCUCCAUUCAGCUUGCCUUCUAUGAUAACUCCACCGGUGCACUAUUGUAUGAUGCAGGCACGGCAGCUUCAGGCAACAUUACAAAUAAAACCCAAACCGAGUGUGAUCAAGUCGGGGACUGCUACUGUAUUACGACAGGAGCCUGCUACGCAUUCAACUAUGACAUGUACUUCGAUAACUGUUGGCUGUAUAAAAAAGACUUGGACUUGACCACUCUCGUAGUCAGAGCAUCAUUGACGUCUUACAAUCUAGCAUCAUUAUUCACCAAAACUGAUAUUAUGAUUACAUCGAUCAGUUCAUUGGAUGGAUUAUCCGCUUGUCCAGGGGAAACAACUGUGGUCACGGUAUCUUCCUUAUCAGCUGGAGGAAUUGCUGCCAUAGCGCUUGUGAUCAUCCUCAUUUUGGCAUUCAUAAUCUUCGUGCUGAUUCUACACAAGACUGGUCGCCUGCAAAAAGUAAAGGAACGAAGCAUUGAACGCAUAAGGUCGAUUAGAGGAGGGGCCAACACUGGCUUGGUUGGUUACAAACAAUGGCAGACUGGAGGAUUUGCUGAGGAGGACAUCUACCUGUACGGAACACAGACAUACGAACAGGCACCAAGCUGGAUGCUGCAUUCAGACGACUUGGCGCUUGGAAACAUUAUCGUUGUCGGCAAGUUCGCCAGAAUUUUCGAGGCUAUACUACAAGUUGGCGGAAAACCCAGAAAUGUCGUUGCCAAAACACUGAAAGAGAACUUCACAGAUCAAGACUCGUUACUGAUGACUGCAAAAAUAAACUUCUUCGGGACGAAGGUUGGUAAACACUCGUGUAUCUUGGACUUCAUCGGCGCGGUGACAGAGGACCCUAGAAUGGGACCCGUGAUGGUAUUGGAAUACUGUGACAAUGGCCCGAUGAAUAAAUGGCUUCAGAGGAAUAAAGCAUCUGUGAAUGAGACGGUAGUGGAAAACCUCUAUCGCUUCUCGUACGACAUUGUCCGGGGAAUGGAGUAUCUUGCUUCGCAAGAAAUAAUACACAUGCGUCUUGCGGCAAGGAACAUUCUUCUGACCGACCGCCUGGAAGCUAGGAUAAGCGGAUUCGGGCCAAGGCAAGGGGAUGACGAAGAGGAAGGAGAGGCUAAAAAGGAACGCAUUCCAGUGAAGUGGAUAGCCCCCGAAUGUCUUGACAGCAAUAAGUCAGCCUCCGAGAAGAGCGACGUGUGGUCCUAUGGGAUUGUUCUUUGGGAGAUAUUUACUAUAGGCGAAACACCUUACCCAGAUGUACGAAGCCGAGAGCUCCCGAGGUACCUAAGGUCAGGAAAGAGGCUACCAAAGCCUGAAUACAGUGAUGAUACUCACUUCAGCAUCAUGUUAAAAACUUGGCAGAAAAGCCCGAAAGCACGACCCACCUUCAUGGACGCUCGCAAAGAGAUUGAACAUCUGUUCCGCCAGUCAUCAAAUGACUUGUAUUACUACGACAGCAACCUGCAAUGAGGAUAGUGGCGUUCUGAAUGAUUUACAACCUAAUAUAGCAUUGAUACGUGCACAAAUCAACAGAAAUUGACUUUCUAGUACGUGUUAGUAAUGGAGUAUUUAAGAUAAAGGGUACCGACAUGUUAGACUGUAUUAUUUUUCCAUUGUCACUAUUGUGAUUUUUUUUGUUUAAGUCAUUUUCAACAGAAUAAUUGCAAAAACAAAUCACAAGGUGCAAUGCAUUUUACGGAAGUAUAAUUGUUUGAAAUCUGAUUGUUUGAAAAUAGAAUUAAAAAUAAGAAAACAGAAAAACUGCAGUGGUCAAACUGAAGACUAAAACAUCCAGAUAUUAUAGAAUGCAAGUUAUCACAAUGAAUGUCCAAGUUGGGAGUCGCAAUAACUUGAUAGGAAAAGUUAAUUCUAAGCAAAAAAACUCCUUUUUUUUCCUUCAUCUUCUAUACAGCAGGGAGAAUGCUCUGAUUAAAAACUAAAAUGAUUGGGACUCUUCUUUGCGAUAAUAGCUGGUGCAGUGAUACCCUUUAUCUUAAACAAUUUUUAUGAUCUUAUCGGAAACAUUUAGGGCAACUAUAUAUAUGCCUUGGUCCUAUCGGAAGGCUUUUUAGCAAAAUAUCCAUCGUCGUCUAUAUGCGAUCACGUGACGUGGGUGACACCGACUUUACACAAGACCAAUUUCAGCAUUCAGUUAGGUCAUUGCGUUACAUAGAUUGCAACAUGUUGAAUGUAUAUAUUUUUCUCAUUAUUUAUAUUUUAUUCUCUAGUAUGUUCUUAUUGUUAAAGAACGGUUAAGGCGUCUGACCGUCAUAAUCUCUAUAGCCCUCUCCCACUGGGUCGCGGGUUCGAGGCCUACGUGGGGCAGUUGCAAGGUACUGGUCGCAGGUCGGUGGUUUUUUCUCCGGGU